GUAUGAACACAAAUCUACGAACCAACAACUCCAGCUUCCUAAAUUCUCUCUCUAAAAGCGCCCUUUCUCUCUAGAAUAAAGAGCUCCGCUUUCUUCGCCAUUUCUUCCCGAAACCCUAGAAAUCAAUCCGACCUAUCUGAAUUGUCAAUUCCGGUUCCGUUCAAACGUCAAAGACGCUAGAUUCCCUCGCAAUCGCUCCCCGUUCGGAAACCCUAUCCCAUUUCCAUCAAUUCAAUCAAAACGCUGCCUAAAUACGUUCGGAUUUUGCCCAGAUCUGUCGUCAAUUCCCGAAACUUCUUCAUCAAUUCCUUUUUACCUGAUUAAUUUCUUGUUAUUGCCUGAAUUUUUUAGUGGGCAGCGUGUAUGGUUGAAAUGGGGAGAGUUAACAGGGAGAUAUGUAAACCGUCUGCUUCAUCGGAGCCAGCCGUGACGACAUCAACGUCAAUAACGGAAACCGUUAACGGUUCUCAUGAGUUUAAGAUUACGGGAUACUCAUUGUCGAAGGGAAUUGGGAUUGGGAAGUACAUAGCGUCGGAUACGUUUAUGGUUGGCGGGUACGAUUGGGCGAUUUAUUUCUACCCUGAUGGGAAGAGCGCGGAGGAUAAUGCCACCUACGUUUCGCUUUUCAUCGCGUUAGCGAGUGAGGGAACGGAUGUGAGGGCGCUUUUUGAGCUGACUCUGUUGGAUCAGAGUGGAAGAGAGAGACACAAGGUUCAUAGCCAUUUCGGCAGGGCGCUGGAGACUGGGCCUUAUACGCUUAAAUAUCGAGGCAGCAUGUGGGGAUAUAAGCGCUUCUUCAAAAGAACUGCUCUGGAAACUUCCGACUACCUAAAAGAUGAUUGUCUUCAAGUCCGUUGCUGUGUUGGUGUUGUAAGGUCUCACACAGAAGGACCCAAGAUCUACUCUAUACCAUUGCCCCCAUCAGACAUUGGUCAGCAAUUUGGGAAUCUGCUUGAAAAUGGAAAAGGAACUGAUGUAAAUUUUGAAGUGGAUGAAGAAAUUUUUUCUGCUCACAAGUUGGUACUUGCAGCUCGGUCUCCAGUAUUCAGGGCUCAAUUAUAUGGCCCAUUGAAGGAUCAGAAUACACAGCGUAUAAAAGUUGAGGACAUGGAGGCACCUGUUUUUAAGGCUUUACUUCAUUUUAUAUACUGGGAUACAUUACCUGAUAUGGAAGAGCUUACUGGAACAAACUCAAAAUGGGCUUCAACCUUGAUGUCCCAGCACCUGCUUGCUGCUGCUGAUCGGUAUGGUCUUGAUCGGCUCAGAUUGCUUUGUGAGGCUAACCUCUGUGAGGAUGUUGCUAUUAAUACUGUUGCAACAACAUUAGCUCUGGCGGAACAACACCACUGUUUCCAGCUAAAAGCUGUCUGUCUCAAAUUUGUGGCAUCGCCUGAAAAUCUUAGAGCUGUAAUGCAGACGGAUGGGUUUGAAUACUUGAAAGAAAGCUGUCCCAGUGUUCUAACUGAAUUGUUGGAAUAUGUAGCGAGGGUCAACGAACACUCUAUUGCCAUUGGCAAGCAAGGAGUUGAAGGCAUCCCGGAUGGUGGUGAUGUCCAUGGCAGACGCGUGAAGCAAAGAUUAUAACGCGUGAGUUGCUAGUGACUGGUAGUUUUCAGAUAGCUAAGAAAGAAAAUAGCAUAGGUUCUCUUGUUAGGGUUGAUUUAGGAUCAUUUUUCCUGUUGCAUCUCGUUCGACGCAGCUGUAAAUGUCUUGUGAUCUAAAAGGUCGGUCUUUCUAGAGUCUUGUAUCUGUUGUGAGUUUGUAAUAUGUGUAUUGUUCCCAUGAUUUUGAGGGUACGAGAUGUUAAACAAAAGUACUUGUAAUUGAGUUGAGCCCAAUACUUUGUGAUUGAUAUCUUUUGAUUAUUGAUUCAUCUUCUCUUGUUGAGCA